CGCGCGGAGCGGCUGUUGGGGGAUGUGGGGUCUCGCGCGCACGCUGUGCCGCGGGCCGGGCGCGGCCGUUGCCCGCGCGCCGGGCUGGCAGUUAAGGGGCGCGGCCGUUGCGCGCGCGCCGAGCUGGCGGUUAACGGUCGCGGCGGCGGCGCCGAGCGGGAGCCCCGGCGGGUGGUAUGAGUGGCUGGCGCAGUCGGCGCCCGUGCACUGGGCAGAAGGGGGACUGGUGGCGCUGCAGGCCGCCGCUGGGCUGCCUUGGUGGGCCGGUAUCGUGUGCGGCGCCGCUGUGCUCCGCACGGCCGUCACCCUGCCGCUCGCCGUGCACCAGAGCCUUCUCCUGGCCAAGUUGGAAAAUUUGCAGCCUGAAAUUAAGAAACUAGCUGAGCGUCUUCGCUAUGAAGUUGCUGUUCGUGGAAAGCAACUGGGUUGGUCUGAAAAGGUAGCCAGAUUCCAUUUUAAGAAGAAUCUACGGAGGAUUAUUACAGAACUAUACGUUAGAGACAACUGCCACCCCUUCAAAGCCACUUUAUUGAUGUGGGUACAGAUUCCAAUGUGGGUCUGUGUGUCCCUCGCUUUGCGCAACUGCAGCGUUGGUGCCACGAACUUAGAAGUUCAAGAACAGUUUUCAACAGGUGGAACAUUGUGGUUUACAGACCUCACAGCACCAGAUUCUACAUGGAUUUUGCCUGUUUCGCUUGGGCUUAUAAAUUUGCUGAUAGUGGAGAUCUUUGCUUUGCAAAAACUGAAAGCAACCAGGUUCCAGAAGCUAGCUGCAAAUUUCAUUCGAGUGGUGUCAGUAGUUAUGAUCCCUGUUGCUGCAACUGUCCCCUCGUCUAUGGCGUUGUACUGGUUGUCAUCAAGUUUCAUGGGACUCUCGCAUAACCUGUUGCUCCGUUCUCCAACCUUUCGUCGACUGUGCCGCAUACCAAACACCAAAUCUGACUCGGACACUCCUUACAGGGAUAUUGUCUCUGCUUUGACUACCAAAUACGGUUUUAAGAAAUGAUGUGUUUUGAACUGUGGGGAGAACUGUCCCACAGAUAUAGCAUGGGUAAUUAAGAAGUGAUGUUUUAUUGAAAUGUACUUACUGUAAAAUGCUGCGGCUAGAAUUAUAUUUAUUUUCUAAAUAAAGCAUUGGCUGUCUUU